GUGAAUUAUACUAAAGGCAUAGAUGAAAGAAAAUAUGUGAAACAGCUUGAAUUUGAUACCCCUUUGUAAAAGAAGGACUUUAUUUUGAGAAAAUAUAAACUUUGUGUAUUUGGAGAAAAGAAGGGAAAAUAUAUAUCUUCAUUUAAAAAAAAAUGGCUGAAAGCAACGGAGUAAAGCAUCGUACUUCUCGUAACAGGAACGUCACAGACACUGGAGACGAAAUGACGUCAUCAUUAAUUCAGACCAAGAAUAAUCAGGUAUCCUAUAUUGAUGUGGAAACCACCAAAGACUGCUUUACGGAUGAUACUUGUAGUGAACCAGAGGAAAAUCCCGAGAAGUUCCGAUGUGACAAUUGCGGGAAAAUCUUUCUGAAACUUGCUGGAGUGGGGAUGUGUGGGAUUGUGUUUGGGAUAGCUCUUGAGAAGGCUAGGGUGUUUGAACCAAAGAGUAUCAGAGAGCAGAUGGUAUUUGAAAACUUCAUAAUGUUGAAAAUGUUCCUCUCGGCAGUGGUGACAGGCCAGCUGUGUAUGGCGAUACUCUCGAUAAUUCCUGCCACAAAGGAGAAAUUUGAGGAGGCAUCGAAAGGAUUCGUCUCCUGCUUUAGUGACAGGGGAAUUUUGUCGAGUGCAGUGGGUCCAUUUGUGCUCGGCAUUGGAAUGUCACUUUGUGGUGCUUGUCCAGGCAUGGUUUUACCACAAGUUGGAGCAUGGGUCCCCAACUCGGUGUUUACCUUACUUGGUGCUUUGAUUGGUGCUCUUACGUACGGGUUGCUUGGUUCCCAGCUCUCUGCAGUGACGAAACCUAAGUUCUGCAUUAAGCAUCAACAAGUUCAUGAAAAAUUGAAUGUGCCAUACGCAGCUAUCGCUCUUCCUAUGGCAGUAGUACUUGGUGUUGUGGUUUUCAUAAUAGAAUGGUUCUGGCCUUAUCAAAAAGACUUAGAAAGUUUGGGGCGAGAUACCUUACUUGAGUCUAAUGUGGUUACAACUAUAGCCUGGCCACCUUAUUUUGGAGGAGCAUUGGUUGGUUUACUCCAAAUUCCCGUGAUCCUCUUCGUGAAUGAUACGAUUGGUGGAUCCUCAAGCUACGUCACAGUUGUCGCUCAGUUCUUUUAUACGAAAGGUGCACAACAGAUGUUUCCAUACUUCAGCCGAAAAAGACUGGGUGUGGCUAAUUGGUGGCAGGUUGUUUAUGUGACUGGUGCCAUAGUGGGUGGGGCUAUAUCCGCUGCAUCCUCGGAUUCCUUUGGUAUCGCCAAAGGUGUUCCAGUCCACAUGGCAUUAUUGGGAGGAAUGGUUAUGAUCUGGGGUGCUCGCUUUGGGUCAGGUUGCACAAGCGGGCAUGGCUUAUCAGGGAUGGGACUUCUAUCCUGGUUAUCGUUUAUCGCUGUGCCUUUCAUGUUUGCUGGUGCAAUCGUCACCGCCUUUGCUAUGCAAGCAACUGGUGCCUUGGACACUUACGUCACAUCUUUUGGUGACGUCAGCUGAAAUCAUAAAUGUAAAACCCGAAACGAAUCCAUUUCCGGAGGAAUUAUAACGAAAUCCAAGAAACCGGUGACUCCUACCUGCAAUAAUUACAUGUAAUUCAUGAAACAUAUGCAUCUAGCAUGUAUCUAAUUGUGUUCAUUUACAGUAUUAUAAUACUGUUUAGCUUGAAUUAGCAAACUUGCCAUAAUUUUGAUACAUUUUCAUGUUUUGCUGAAAUCUGUUGUUGGUCAUUAAUGUAUAGAAUUUUUCAUAAAUGAAACGUUCUUGUGAUAAAAAUCUGCUGUUCAAGCUUUAAUUUUAUCAUCCGAUUGUGUUACAGUGUAUUAUACUGAAAGCUUAUGACAGGAAAUAGAGCAAACUGGUUAUUUGUACUUAGAAUGUACAUUUAUUAUACUUUCUGCACUUGUAUAAUUAUACUUUAAGCACAAUGUUUUCUGCGUCUACUGCGCAGGACGCACAAGAACUAUUUCCCUGGUCACUGUUUUGAGAUCUUUUUUCAUGAUUUCUUCUACAAAAGUAUUUUUUGACGACGGAAGCAGAACGAAGUAAAAGUAGUUCUAAAGUCUAUGCAUGGUUUGCCUGAGAGUUUUUUACAGAAGGAAAACAAACACACACAAUUGCGUAAUAUGAUUGAACUGUAUUCAAGAUUUUGUUAUAAUAAUCGAUUUUUGAUAAUACAAUUUUCUUUCAUAUAUACUUGAUCACAUUUGCACAUAUUAUUUUAUAAUGCAAUCUGCUUCUAUAAGCAUCAUCGAAGAUUUGUUAUCUUAUUGCUAUAGUCACUAGCUUGUUUGCAUUGAAAGGUGAAGGUAAAUAUAUAUAUAUUUUUUUUUAAUCAUAAAUUAGAAUCGUUAAAAUUUAUUCAUUUUUGAUUGUUUCUGAUGAAUUUGAAUGUACAGAGUGCCAAUAUAUUAUUUAUUUGUUAUCGUUAUUUAUUUAUU